CGGGGUCGGUUUGAAAACGGACCCAAGUGUUCCUGGCUGAGUACGGGAUAUAAGCUUUGUUCCUGGUUCUUGUAGUGAGCCGUUGUCCCCGUUAGUCCUGCUUUCUCCGUUACGUAGAAACAACCGGGGUGGCUCACUGGAAGGUGUGGAGAAACACGCUGAAGUGGACAUUUCACCUCGGACCUAUCUUUGUUAGCCAAACAUGCUAACUGGAAUUAGCGUAGCGUGCUUACGUUAGCCGGAAGUAGACGGAGACAGAACCACACAUGCUGCUGUGAUUCAGUCAACAUGAGUAAAGUCCAGAUGCAGCUCUCGUUGGUGAAGCAGCGACUCACUGCAGCUGCUGAGGAGAUAUUUGUUCUGUUUGAAAGAACGAUAGCAGAGUACGAGGAGGAACUGUCUCGGUCCAAAGAGGAGAACGAGAGACACCGGAAACUACUGGACGCUGUGUUACAGCCUCACAUCCGGAUACACAGAGCAGACGUCCAGCAGCUGGUGGUGGUUAAAGAAGAGGUUCCCCCUGAGCAGCAGGAGAGGGGCUCCAGUCUGGACCAAGAGGAGCAAGAGCCCCCCCCACACAUUAAAGAGGAACAGCAGGAACUCUGGAGCAGACGGGAGGGAGAGCAGCUUCAAGGGCUGGAGGAGGCUGAUAUCAUCGAGUUCACCUUCACUCCUGUCCCUGUGAAGAGUGAAGAUGAUGAAGAGAAACCUCCGUCCUCAGAGCUUCAUCACAGACAGACUGAACUCAUGGAAACACAAGCUGAUGGAGAGGACUGUGGAGGACCAGAACCAGCCUCAGAUCCAGAUACACAUUUACAACCAGAUACUGAGGACAACACUGGAGACUCUUCUGAACCUGAGACUGAUGGCUGUGGUGAUUGGAAGCAGACCAGAGAGCCUCAGCCAGGUUUAAGCUCUCUGAAAUAUGAUCAAGUCCCUGUCAGUGAUUCCAGAUAUAGUGCUGGAGGAAAAAACACUCAGCUGCUCAGUUUGUGAUAAAGAAUUUUGGCUCGAUAUAAAUCUAAAGACGCACAUGAUAACUCAUAAAGGAGAAGAUCCUUUCAGCUGCUCUGUGGGUGAGAAAUAUUUUCAACAGAGUGGAGACUUAAAGAAACUUACUAAUAUUCACACUGAAAAGAAACCUCACAGCUGCUCAGUUUGUCAGAAGUCUUUAAAAUAUAGAAGUAGAUUAAACGACCACAUGAGAUCACAUACA